GAUAAAUGAUAACAAACAAUUUUCAGCUUUUGAAGUUACGAAUACUGACUAAUAUAAGCGGUUGUUUUGAUUUAUUUAAAAAUAUUUGGAUAAAAUUUGCCAGUAGUAAUGGACACGUCAUUAUUUAAUUAUCCAAAUUAUUAUUCAAUAUUAAUUAGUCACUGUUGAUUUUAUGAUGGUUAAAAGCCUAUUUCAACUGCUGAGAUGAUUUUCCAUUAAGUAUAUUGAAUAUAAUGAAUAAUACUUCAUAUUAAAAUCAUCGAUGACAAUUAGAAUGUGGCUUCUGCUAUUUUUACAUUUAUUUAUUCAUACAAUACUGCCAUGUUAUUGUUUAAAUAAGGAAGAUGUGAUAUUUGCUGUCAAUGCUGGUGGUGAUGCCCAUGUAGAUAGUUUUGGUAUAUUGUAUCAAAGAGAUUUUAAUAAAAUUGGUACAGAAUCAGAUUAUGGAAAAAAAUUAUCCAUACAAAGAGUUAAACACCAUGACCAAAUACUUUAUCAGACUGAAAGAUACUCUCACACUUCAUUUGGUUAUGAUAUACCCAUCAUGCAGAAUGGUGAAUAUGUAAUGGUUUUAAAAUUUAGUGAAGUUUACUUUACAAACAGUGGAUUAAAAGUCUUUGAUGUUAUACUUAAUAAUCAACACAUCAUUGUACCUCAACUGGAUAUUUAUGAUAAAGUUGGAUUUGGAGCUGCUCAUGAUGAAUAUAUUGAGUUUAAAGUUGAUGGUUCAACUUUAUAUUGGAGGGGAGAAAUGUCUGAAAUAAAAUCAAAUUUAAUUCGUGUAGACUUUAUUAAAGGUGAACGUGAUAAUCCAAAAAUUAAUGCCAUACUAGUAGCAAAGGGUAGAGUUUCAGAUAUACCUAAGUUACCAGACAUUCAUUCUGAGUUAGAACAUCAAAAAAAAAAUGAAGUUGAUCCAAAUUUUGAAGAAUCAUUUGCUGGUGAUAAUAAAGAUACUAUAAAAGUAACACAACAUUCAAGAAACCCUAGUGGUCCUAAAAGCCCUAAUCCUUAUGAUGUUGAUUCCAUGAAGUUAAUGCCAGUAUUUGUAGCAAUAAUUGCAUUUUUUGGAGCACUUCUUCUACUUUGUAGACUUUAAAAAACUUGAUUACUUAUCGAGUUCAUAAAAAGUAAAUAAUUGUAUAAUUUUUUUUAACACUACGUUAUUUUAUGUUUACUAUAUAUAUAUAUAGUAAAAGUAUAUAGUAUACACUACAAUAUUAUUUUAGUGUAAUGUUAGUUUUUUGUUUUUAACUCUGAAAGUUUUUUUUUUAAGCACAUUUAUUUUGAUUAAAUAAUUACAUUUGGUUUAACAAUUAUUAUAAAAAUAUCUAAUUUUUAGAGAAUAUAUAUUUUGAAUGUUUUUUACUUUAUAAUACAAAAUGUAUGUUCUUGUGAUUGCAAACUAAGAAAAUGUUAAUUUAAUUAGUUUGUUUCAAACAGAAUACAUUUAUUACAAGUAAAAAAUUAUAAAUGUAUAUAUAAAAUUUAAGUCUUAGUGUAAUAUAAAGAUUAAAAAUUGAAAUAUUUUAUAUAACAUCUCUGAAUGUUCUUAUUAGAUUGAAUAAUAAAAAUAUAUAAUUUUUAA